AUGGCAUCUCAAAAAGCAUGGGCUGUGGUUGCCGGUGUUGGCCCUGGCACAGGUGCCUCUGUCGCUCGUCGCUUCGCACAGCACUAUUCCGUCGCCCUCCUCGCUCGAAACCGGGCAAACUUUGAGCCUGUCGUGGACGAGAUCAAUGCCGCCGGCGGCAAGGCCAUUGGUAUCAGCACCGAUACCUCCGACAGCAAAAGUGUCAAGGCUGCCUUUGAGCAGUUGCAGAAAGAGAUAGGAGGUGCAUCGAUCGCAGCCGCAAUCUACAAUGUUGGAGGCAGAUUUGUGAGGAAGCCGUUCCUGGAGCUGACGGACGAAGAGUUUGAGAGUGGAUGGGAAGCCAACGGGCGAGGAGCGUUCCACUUCUCUCAGGCCAUCCUCCCUCUCCUUCUCAAAAACACAAACGCAGAGUACCCACCUACCCUCAUUUUCACAUCUGCCACAGCAGCCAUGAAAGGCUCCGCUCUGUGUGCGUCCUUUGCCACUGGCAAAUUUGCAAUGAGGGCACUGGCACAGUCUCUGGCAAGAGAGUUUGGGCCCAAGGGCGUGCAUGUAGUUCACGCAAUCAUUGAUGGGGUGAUUGAUAUCGAGCGGACGAAGGAGUGGAAGUUCGACCACCCCGAAGCUAAGAUCAAGCCAGAGGCCAUUGCCGACUCAUAUUGGUAUCUGCAUACCCAACCCAGGACUUGCUUCACCAAUGAAAUCGACAUAAGGCCUGCCGUUGAGAAAUGGUGA